UAUUGACAAGACAGUUUGGCGUGUAGAAGCUUUCUUGCUUUCUUGUACAAAAUAAAUCGAAAUAAAAACUAUAAUAAUUCUGAAUGUAAAUAAUGCGAAACUAGAUUAGAAAAUACUUUUGAGGGAGUUUAAAACAAAAUGGCUACGGUUAAAAACAACGGCCCUAUAAUAGAUCCAGCGUUAUGUAGAUGUUGUAGAGCUAUAAAAAAAUGUAGAGUUCUGACCGCGGAGUAUACUUGGAUGGAACAGAAGGAAGUGUACGCCGAUAUGAUCAUGGACUGCUUUGGUGUCUUGUUAUCCCACGUGGACGACAACGAUCGCGACUGCGGCGUGUGCGCGACGUGCGUGGUGAGACUCCGCGACGCGUGCGCCUUCCGUCACCAGGUGCUGCAGUGUGAGGAGCUGUUCCUCAGCGCGAAGCUCGACGAUAAGGAUGCUGAUGAAACGAAAGCCGACAAGCCACCGAUAGAUAUAGAAUUGAAGUUGGAGCCGAAGGACGACUGCAGCGAGCACUCCGCCGCCGGAGACCUCGACCAUGAGGACGAUAUGUCCAUGGACUACACUGAAGAUGUGGGAGAAAUUAAACCGCCAAAAAAAGAAGAGACAGACAAAGACCUCGCUCUCCCUCUAGAAGUAGACGCCAAGCCUGAAGAGGAUGAGGAGAGCGAGUGGUCGGCGUCGUCCUCAGACUCGGACAAGCCAAUCAAGAGGAAGAAGAAGAACGGCCCCGUCAAGAAGAAGAAGGUGGCCGUUAAGAAGCAGAAAGCAGGUACAUCAAAAAAGCAAUCACCAAAAACAGUCAAAAAGCCUCCUGUCGAAAAAAAGAACAAUUACGACCGCGAUCUAGAUUGUAUGUCUGAGGAGAACUUACUUACUAUCAUACAAUAUUCAUACGUCUGUCCGUUCAAAAACAGACGCAACAACUACUACUGCUUCUACUGCAAAGACUACUACCCAAAGCCAGAAGAUUUAAGAGAGCACACCGUCUCACACGACACCAAGCCCUUUCAGCUACUCAUGGGCUACAAAAAAAUGAUCAAAAUUGAUAUCACGAGAAUAGAUUGCAGAUUAUGUCCAAUGAAAAUUGAUGAUUUGAAUGUUUUCAAACAGCAUAUAGAUCAAGUGCAUGGGAAAAAGAUAUAUUUUGAAGCGCCAGAUAAAAUGUUACUAUACAAACUGACUUGGAAUGAUCUAGUGUGUGUCAUGUGUAACGAUGUUUUCGAAGACUUCAACACGUUGAACACACACAUGGUCGAACACUUCAGUAAUUACACCUGCGAUAUAUGCGGCGUCUGUUUCCUAGAGAAGCCGAGGUUGGAUGCGCAUCUCAAAAGGCAUAAAGACGACGAACGGCAUACGUGCGAAGUAUGCGGCAAAGUUUUCAAAUCCAACCAUUAUAAAGACAUGCACGUUGAUAUAGUUCAUAAGAAGAAGGCUAUUAUACGCUGUCCGCGUUGCGACGAAUGUUUCAUGUCCUACGCUUUGAAAAACAAGCAUUUAACAGAAGCUCACGGUCAGAAACGGACGUAUCCCUGUAAUUUAUGCGACAAAGUCUAUAACAGGCAAAAAACUUUAACGGAACAUCAAAGGAGGAAUCACCAAAAAGUAUUGAAACACCAAUGCGAAUAUUGCGAUCAGAGGUUUUAUUUACCGUCGAGAUUAAAAGAGCAUAUGGCAACACACACUGGGGAAAGGAAUUUUAGGUGUGAAUAUUGUGAGAAGAGUUAUCCUAGGCUGAAAUCUUUGCAAUACCAUAUAAGGACUCAUACGAAUGAUCGUAGAUAUAGGUGCCAUAUUUGUGGGCAGGCUUUCAUACAGAAUCCAAGUUUAAAAUCUCAUAUUAAGAGUCAUCAUCCCGAGUGUGAUAUUGAAGGAUGUUAUUUCUAAUUAUGUAAGUAAUUAUUUAUUAUUUGACUAAAAAAAUAGAAAUUCUGUGUAAGUAGAUUUCUUAAAAAUAUCGGAUUAGUAUUUUUUCUUUUUUUACGUGAACAAGAAUGGUAUGGUACCUAAGUUAAAAUUUUCUAUGACGUCACUUAUCGGUACAUAUUUUACUGACACAUGGCGUUGUUGCCUCCCUCUUCCAUAGAUUUCACUAUAUUUGAUGCAUUUUAUUUCCGUAAUUUAUUAUAAUAAUAAAUACGUAUCCAAUAUUUGUUUGAAAUCUUCUA